AUGCCUGCAAUCCGCGCGCUCAAUCCCUUCGCCUCCUCGCCCGCCGCCUCUCCUGACACCACCACCCUUCUCUCGGAGAAGGAGCCCAUCCGCAUCGACGCCAGGGAAUCUGUCCCCAUCAAGCAAGCGCCUCGCUUCACCCGGCCCAGAUUCAAUCUGCCCUUUUCAGGCGCGCCCAAGACGCCAAGAGCACAGCCAACAGUAGACACACCACAGCAGCAGUCGAGAUUGGAAGCUCCGCACGUUCUCGCUUUCAGGCCGCCCAGCCCACAGAUACCCACGCUCAGCCUACCCACCAUCAAUCUGACGACUGCGACUGGCGAAAAGAGCAAAAUGGAGAAGGCCGAGCCAUUGACACUUUUCCAGCCACCUUCACCUGCUGAGGCACGGCGGAUAGCUCGACAGCAUGCUGCAUUCGGGCCAUUGGGCUCCAAGCAGCAUCUCUACUCGUCCAGAUUCGUGGGCACCGAGUUUCCAGAACCCAUCGAGGAUGAGCCGCCGUACUACUACCUGAUCACAACCUACAUUUCCUAUCUGAUUCUGAUUAUAUUCGGCCACGUCCGAGACUUCUUCGGCAAGAGAUUCAAGCCAGAACAAUACAAGCAGCUUCGGGAGCACGAUGGAUAUGCGCCACUCAACUCCGAUUUCGACAACUUUUACAUUCGACGACUCCAGCUGCGAAUCAACGACUGCUUCAGACGACCAGUGACUGGCGUGCCAGGUCGCUUCAUCACCCUUUUGGACCGCACGAGCGAUGACUACAAUCUCACAUUCAAGCUUACUGGUACCACCACCCAAACACUGAACAUGUCUUCUUACAACUACCUCGGUUUCGCACAAUCUGAGGGCGAGUGUGCGGAUGCUGCCGAAGCCAGUGUAAAGAAGUAUGGAAUCUCAUUCUGCUCGCCAAGAGGCGAUGUGGGCACAUCAGAGCUCCAUGUCGAUGUCGAACGCCAGGUCGCCGAGUUCGUGGGCAAGGAAGCAGCUACCAUCUACUCCAUGGGUUUCGUGACAAACGCCACCAUCUUCCCUGCUCUGGUCGGUAAGGGUUGCCUCUUGAUCUCCGAUCAGCUCAAUCACUCCUCGAUCCGAUUCGGCGCGAGGCUCAGCGGUGCGGUAAUCGACAUGUUCAAGCACAACGAUAUGGACGCACUCGAGCACCUUCUCAGGGAACGAAUCUCGCAAGGACAACCACGAACACACAGACCAUGGCGGAAGAUCCUGGUGGCCGUCGAGGGGCUUUACAGCAUGGAAGGCACCCUGUGCAAUCUCCCGGGUCUUAUUGCGCUCAAGAAGAAGUACAAGUUCAACCUCUACGUCGAUGAGGCACAUUCGAUUGGCGCCCUCGGCCCGCGUGGGCGUGGCGUUUGCGACUACUUCGGCAUCGAUACCAAGGACAUUGAUAUUCUCAUGGGCACCUUCACCAAGUCUUUCGGCGCAAACGGCGGGUACAUUGCUGCAGACAAGUCCCUGGUCGAUAAGAUUCGAGUGAACAAUGCUGGAACCAUCUUCGGCGAGUGCCCUACCCCAGCAGUGUUGAGCCAGAUCAGCUCGAGUUUGAGAAUCAUCGCUGGUGAUCUCGCGCCUGGUCAAGGCGAAGAGCGACUACAACGUCUUGCAUUCAACAGCCGUUACCUCCGACUUGGACUCAAGAGGCUAGGUUUCAUUGUCUACGGUCACGACGACAGUCCCAUCAUUCCGGUUCUUCUCUACCACCCAGCCAAGAUUCCAGCCUUCUCCCAUGAGAUGCUGAAGCGCAAGAUCGCUGUGGUGGUGGUCGGAUACCCUGCAACACCUCUGAUCUCGUCACGAGCACGAUUUUGUGUUUCGGCUGCGCACACCAAGGAUGACCUUGAUCGAUUACUCGCUGCAUGCGACCAGGCCGGAGACAUUCUGCAACUCAAAUUCAGUUCCGGCAUCGCUGGCGGCCAGGAGCCGAUCCCCGAUGGUCUUACGAACAAGGAAGAGGUUGAGAUCCGUUCCUGUCUAGAGGCGGGUGGCAAGCCUGCAGCGACACCCCCGCGGUGGAAGCUAUCAGAUGUCGUGCGACGAGGUGUACAAGACGUCAAGAAGCCACUCUGCUAG